CCAGGUUAUAAUUGCUGUACUCCUCGGUAAUCCACACCCUAAUCAUCCAUGACAUACUUUGAUGUUUCCUGCUGAGCAGCCAGGAAUCAGAGGCUUUUGGAUUUAGAGGGGAACUGAAUGUGCUGAGAAGAAGAGUGGAAGGAUUGAGAAUGAGGACAUGGUGAGGGGAUGAAAAGAAAUCAGAAAUUUAGGUUUGGCAUGGACAGAAUCAGGGUAAAAAAGGAAGAUAAACGGCAUAAAUCAAGGUUUUCCUUAAGGGAAAAUAAAGGGCAGAUGAGGGGAAUUAAGUAUAUCGGGCAAAACCCAUAAUAAAGGAAAACCAAAAUGCCUGUUGGAGAGAUUUACUCAUGUUUCUUUAAAAUCAGAAUCUCGUUUUCAUGCAAUCCCUUGCACUUUUUCACCGUCCGCUGGAGAUUAGCCCCUGUUGUCAUGACAACCACAGCUGGAAGGCUGAAGGACAUGGGAGAAGGAGUACAGCUGUUAGCUCGUUUAGAUUGGGAUUUUCUGCCCCUGACAUUUAGACUAAAGCAUAACUGGGAUGCUUCAUUUGAUUUUAUGCGAGUUUAUAAAUUUUCACGCCUGAUUUUUUAACCAUUUUUCUUUAUCCUCUAUAUAAAAAAAAAACGUGUAUAAAGAAAAGACAGGCUUGUUGCAGCUGCAAGCCCACCCUCCACUACGCAAUAUUUCUGCAAAUGAAUUAGUAAAAUCGCCAGAGGGCUUGAGAUCCAGCAUUGUGAUUAUUUAGUUCUGCAGCAGCUAAAUCAGUUAACCUCACAUUGCAAGAUAGAGCCUCCGAUUAAGAACCGCUUUCCAUCUUUAGGACUUGCCAUAUAAGCAGAGUAAUGUCUACUGAAGUUUACUGACAAGUGAAAAGGCAGGAGCUGCACAUGUGAGAGCUGAGCAGCUACAGAUGCACUAAUGAUGCACAGCUUUGCUGGAAAGGCAGGACGCAUAAUAAGAGCGAACUGGGUUGUUAUGGAUGUAGCUAAGGCUCACUCUGUUGAAGCUAAUGCAAGCGCAGUAGGGCUGACGGCAGGGGAGAACGCUGGCAGCUUUCAGCCUGUAAAAAAUGACUCUAAAAGCAGUGGGGAAAAAAAAUCAGAUCCAGUUAACAAUGAAAAUAUAAUGCAAUCAAACCACUAAAUAACACCAGGUACAGAUGAGAUGCAGAUCCAGAUUAUUCUUUGUGUAUUUUAGUUAUAAAGUCACUGCAAAGAUGUGAAGUUUCUUGUACUUGUGCUAAAAUAAUAAACAAAUCAGUGAAGGGGAUAAUUAGGAUUGUGAGUUUAUGAACAUUUAGAAUAUCCCUUAAUACCUAAAAACUAAUCAUUUUUCCUCAGUGGACAGAAUGGAUUUAUUGUUGGGAUGAUUUUUUACAUUUUUGGCGUUUUUGUUAAGAUAAUUCAGAAGAGAUCUUUCCAGUUUGCAUGAAUUGCUGAGGUCACUUUUAUUUAGUGACAGAUUAUCCAAGAGGCAGCAAGAGGAGAGAGCCUUACUUGUUGAUGGACGGCUUUUUUUCCCUUUUUAAAAAAAAAACGUUAUAUGGAUUUUAAAUUAAUCUUCUUUAGACAUAGAAAGGACAAACUGCAUUGUAAGAAAGUGAAUUGUGUUUGCCGGUGGAGGCGCAAGGAGAAACACCCCUCUGCUGGAGCAGCUGUGUCUCUAUUAUGCAUCAGUUCAGACAUUGUUCUCUGCUGCUGCUGCAUGAUUUAGGGGGAACGCCGUGUUCAGUUUCUGAGGAAGGAGGCGAGGCAGGCAGAACGUAGGGAUGCAGAAGAAGAAGAAAGCGAGCGAGGUCUGGUUUAAGUUGUCGCUGUGAUUCAGCUACAACAAAUAAUUAAAAUUCAGAAUGUGAAGAUUGAGAAUGUGGACUGCAAACCUAAAAAUGUUAGAGGUUCAACUCUGCAAUGAAAUAGUUCAGAUGAAAGCAUAUUUAUGUGUUAGGAUGGUCCAGUCAAAGUAAAGUCAAUAGAAAAAUGUAUGUCUAGGGUCAGACAGAACUUGAGCUCUUUCGCAACAAACAUGCUGUUAAUUUGGUUGUUUGGCAUAAUAAGUAAGAACAGCGAACAAAUUUGAGCAGAAAUUUAAGAAGUGAACAAUUUAUAAUCUAAAGACAUUAAAUAUUGAUCAACAGAACCUGGAAAGCAACUUAAAUCUAAAUUUAAAACGCCAUGCAGGACGAAAGCAAAUGUAAUCACAAAAUGGAAAUUAAGAAAAAGUCCCAACAAUCAUAAACAGAAUCUGCAAAUAUUUGUGUCUAGAUGUGAAUCAAUCACAAAAGUAAAAGUUUGUAACUAUUAUUUUUUAAGAUGUCAUUAUUCCAACAGAGUAAUAUUGAAAUUGUAAUAUUGAAUUCUUUGGUUAAAAAAGUUUUGAAAAUGUUCUUUUUUGUGUUUACGCUAGUAGAACGAAUUAUUCCUAAAUUUCAGGUUAGAUUUUACAAGUUCAAAUUUUUCAAUUUUGAACUGAAAACAUAAAUUUGGUCAAGGGCUCUUAUGAAACAUCCAGUAAAUCUAAAGCUUUGAUAAAUAAGAUUAGAAAGCUUAAUUAGAAAUGACACAUAACGUUCAGUUUUUAUCCUGGAGUGUUGAUGACCUCAGCUUAAUGCCACCCUGGGUCAAGAGCCAAAAUUCUGGGAACAAUCUACUUGGAUCUGGUUAAACUGCAAACAUUUUAAUGCACUUAGUUUUAGAUCAUGUUCUUAAAGUUGUUUUAAAAUUCAAAAUUCAUGAAUCCUUUUCAAAAAAUGUCCUUUUCCUACUACCUAAAUACCACAAUAAGGAGUAAUUUACAGAUUUAAACCCGUCUUUAAGUUCACCGUUAUUGUUGCAAAGAAUAUACAAUAACGGUGAAAAAGUCCUGACUGGUUUAUCACACAACCCACAUGCACAGCUCUGCUGUCGGCUUGACUCAGAAAGGUUAACACCAAAGAGUUCUUCAGAUGUCAGAUUUCAUUAAUAAUCAGCGUCGGCUAGUAAUGAGUAAUAACGCCAAAGCAUCUCCAUGGAGCCAAAGGCCUCCUGAGGAGUCGUGUUUGAUGAAAAAGAUGGCACAUGUUGUGGAGCGUGAAGCAAAAAUAAAUAAAUAAAUAAAUAAAAUUGUUGGUCUUUUCUUUCUGGUUGGAACAAGAAAUAGGAAAAAAACCCACAAACGUCGUUGUCAGCGAUUAGCCGGCAGCUCUGAGAGACGGUGGUGGGAGUUCGGGGGAGUGAUGAAAUGUAUCAGACUCCACAAUCUGCUGUGGUGUAAAUAUUUUCUCUCUGCCUGGGAAUCGGUUGGAUCUGCGCUGCUCCUGCAGUCAAGAAAUGUUUUUAUUUUUUUAUUUGUACAUGCACAGCCUCGUCCAGACGCCCCUGUAGACAAUAUGUGGAAAGACUCAAAAUAAAUUCAGCUUUUGUUGCAAAACGUAUGAACUUUAGAGAUUUUAUUUUUACCUUCCCCUUCCUCCUCACUGUGUAAUAAACCUCAUUCAAACCUGGUUUUAACUUUUUAGAUCUGGCAUGUUUUAUCUUUUUGUACUCUGUAGUUGUGGAAAAACCCGAAUCACAUAAACUGGAUUUCAUGAAAAGAAAACUUACAAUUAAUCCCCAAAUCAUUCUUACACCUAACAUAUUUAAGAUGACAGUAUUAUGUUUUUUUUCUGACUGAAAGCGAUAAUAAAAAAGUUUUUAAGUGACUCAGCCAAAGUCCUGACUUGAUUCUUCACUCUAAAUACAUAAAAAGUGAUCUCCCCCCUAAAUUUUCAGUGCUUUAAUUUAGUUUUCACUACUUUUAACUCGAACUGCAGACUCUCUAAGUCCUCCUGUUAAUGUGUGUGUGUUACUUUACCUCCUGUGUCUCAAAGGUCCAUUAGUGAACCUUGUUCCCUCACACAGAAGUGACUUUCCCUUGAAGCCCUGCCUCUAAACAAACUGAAACUGACAGUUUUUGUGAUUUUAGCAGAAAAAGGACAGACAUGGCUGCUGUGGCAAAACCAGACAGAAUGAAUGCUUUUUCUACAACUCACGAUUGGGAAUCUGCAGAUUAUGAGCCGACCCUUCCUGUGACAGAGAAGUCCAACCCGCUAACGCGCGACAUAGACAGAGCUUCAGCCUCCAGCAUCGUGAAGAUGCUGCAGGCCUGCGACGCCCAGAUGUUUCAGGAAAAGUCCCAAACAGAAUAUCAGAGACUUUUGAGCGAGGAAAUUGUGAAAACCUUAAUGGAGGUGGCCGAGAGGGUGCGGCUCAUUCUUAAGGAUCCUCAGGACAGCCUCGUCGUUCUGAGUGGUUGUGGCACUUCUGGCCGACUUGCAUUCUUCAUGGCGUCAGGAUUUAACAGAGAGCUGCAGCGGCUGAACUACGCCCCCAUUUGUUCGUACGUCAUUGCAGGAGGAGACAGAGCUCUGUUUUCCUCUCAAGAGGCUCCAGAGGAUGACCCCACAUUGGGCGCGCUCCGUCUGAAAAAGGUUUCUGAGGGAAAGAAAAGAGUCUUGUUCAUCGGCGUCUCCUGUGGAUUAUCUGCUCCAUUUGUGGCCGGUCAGUUGGAUUUCUGCCUCCGGCAUCCUGAUGUUUACACACCUGUACUGGUUGGAUUUAAUCCUGCACAUCAGGCCAGGAAUGAGCCCCUACCUGGCUGCACGCUAACGUUUCGCAGUGUGGUGACCAGGAUGGAAGAGCUAGCCAAAACUCAAAAGGCUUUCCUCAUCAACCCGGCACUCGGGCCGGAAGCCAUCAGCGGCUCCUCCAGGAUGAAGGGAGGCAGCGCCACCAAGAUCCUCCUGGAGGUCGUCUUUUCUGCCAGCUUCUCAAGAACGCCCGUCACAUUCAAUGGGAUUCUGCAGCAUAUGAGAUCUUAUAAAAAAGCUCUAGACUUUACAUACUCGCAUUCAGAGGAGAUAGCUGUGCUGACGGAGGCUGCUGGACGCAGUCUGCAGGGUGGGAGGCAGGUGUGUUACCUGGGCUGGGGCUCCCUGGGUUUGCUGGGCCUUAUCGACGCCAGUGAAUGUAAGCCCACAUUCGGAGCAGACUACGAAGACAUUCGGGGUUUUGUCAGCGGAGGCUACAAAGAACUCGGCAACAAUGAGGGCGAUUUGACUUUGAUGGGCCCUGAGUUCAGCAUCUCUCAUGAUGACUUUCUGGAUCGCGUCCUGCCCCGUCUCACGGACGACGACACCGUUCUGCUUCUCUACUCUGACUCUGACGAUGUCGACGAGGUGGCAAAGCUGGCACACAGAGUGAGAGAAAAGACACCGAACAUUCAUGCUGCUUAUCACCAGACUGAUGGAGGCACCGCUGCACAACAAGAUGAAAUAAAUAAACUGUGUUCAUCCACCAUUAACUUCACAUGGUCCCAAGAAACACCCAAGCGAUUGCAACACAUGCGGGAGCUGUCCACUAAGCUGCUUUUGAACGCAGUGAGCACCGGAGCUCACGUCUUAAAGGGAAAAGUGUUUAAGAACUACAUGAUCGACCUGCAAGUCACCAACAGCAAGCUCUACCGCAGAGCCGCACGUUUACUGCAGGAGCUGUCCAGUCAUUCGGAGUCACAGUGCGAGGAAGCCCUGCUGAAGGCCAUUUAUCAAGUGGACAAGCUCAGUGAAGACAUAAUGACCUGCAGCUUGGAAACACACACACACACUGCCGGAAAGGCUAAGAAGGUCGUGCCAUUGGCUUUAGUCUGCCUGCUGACUGGUUGCUCUAUAAAGGAGGCGGAGACUCGUUUGGAGCAGCAGCCAAUCGUCAGAGAGGCAGUGGAGGCAUGUUUGAAGUCAUCAUAAGGUCACAAUGAUCAUACAACGAUGAACUCUGCGGCUAAAUGACACCCAAAGGUUAAAAAAUCAUUAAAACUGAGUCACUAACAAUGCAUUUCUGCAUUUAAGCACUAAAGAAACCUGAUUACAAACUGAUAUUUGAACACUAUACACACAGCCAAACAUGGUGGAGGUGGCGUCAUGCUUUGGGGUUAAAGGAUUUUGUCAAGGAGGGUGAAGUUAUGAACCUAACGUCUUUCAGGUGUCUGGUAGAAGUCUGAAGGAUUAGGCAAAAAUCUAGAAAAAAUGUCUCUGUGAAUGAAAAAUUUAUAUUUUCCAAAAAGAUUUUAAAAAAUCCAUCUUGCACAAAGUACUUUUUAAAAAUAUGACGUCUCAAAUCUCAAAGUUAACACCUUGGUGAUGUUUCACUGCUGAUCUUUCAUAACUGCAUGUUGAGGCUCUGCUGCGUGAUGUAAGUCAACCCAAUCCUGUGACCUUUUGUGAAUCGACACAGACACAGUCACAGGUACUGGAUUAGUGUGACGUGUGUGGGCAUGUGUGUGUGGGCGUGUGUGUGUGUGUGUGGAUCUCGAAAUGUUUGAGCAGCUUUGGAAGCACAGAGAGCACAGUGUCAAACACUACAGGAAGGAACAGAGAAAAAAGCAACUCAGGUGUUGAUCAGAAAGCUCUGCCACAUGACAUUUUAGCAGUGAAAAAUAUUCGUCACUCAGGAUUAUGCGGAAAUCCUGACGGCUGAACUUGUGAUUUAGUGCGAAAUCCUUAAAAUCCACAGCUUAGCAUACCGAAAAUACUGGGAUUUUCCAAAUCUUCCCUUUUUUUUCAUCAUACCUGAUUAGCUUAAAUGUACAAAAAUGCUAAAGCUAAUAGGGUGCAGAAACAAUAACAUGACCAAAUAAGAUCAAGCAUUAGUGUCAUACAUGCAAUCUGACAAUUAAAAGACUGAAUUUUAGUUGAAUAUUUUUCCUCUCUCUUAAAAAAAAAAGUAAGAGUUCUCUAAAAUAUUAGCACAAGCACUAAAAUACAAGAACUGCACCGGUAGAUGAUGAUAAUGUUGACAUUUGUGAUGCACUUAUUGUACAGGUAUGUUGGCAAUCAGCCCCUGUAGGCUGUGGCGAAUUUAAAUUAAUAAAAAUAAAGAUUUAUCACAUUUAACUAAUGAUUUUACUGGGGGUCAAUUGCUGUCACAUGGUUAGCUAUUUUUUCUUAAUAAAUUCAAUAAUCUCUUGAAAACUGCCUUGUGUAUUUAUCCUGAUCGUCUCCGACAUUCAAAUUUGUUUGAUCUUUGACGUGAAAUGCAAAACAAAUCUGUUCAUUGCAGCGUGAAUAUCCCAGUCCAACAGAAAUACUAAAUGUUUAAGAACUGCUUAGCAUCAAUAAAAUCUGAAGAUACGAAUGUGAAAA